AUGUUACCAGCUGAGAUCAUGGCGACCACCCUGUUCCCUAAGAAGAAGUCCGAGUUGGGCAGUUUCACUGCAGCUGAGAUCAGAUUGAUUAUGGCCAGUGUCCUGUGCACCACCGGAAGAGUUGACACGGACAAACUCGGGAAGCUGACUAGCACGAAGAAAACGUCCGCCGCCAGCCGUUUCCCAUCCGUGAAACGCAAGCUGGAGAAGAUGUUCGAAGACCAGCUGGACACCAUAGACGGCCAGAAUGACUCCAGUGCUAAGGAAAAGACCCCAGCUAAGAGCCGAACGAACAAGCGUCGUGAGAAAGUCGUGGAAGCAAAGCCCAAGCCCGAGAUCAAGGUUGAGGUUAAAUCCGGAGAGACUACCGACAGUCGCAUGAAGGUUGAGGCUGAAUCUGGAGAGAGUAUCAACAGUCCCGUGAAGGUCGAAUCUGACUCCGACUCCGGAGAGAGUAUCGACACUCCUGUGAAGAAGGCCGAUACCGAUGUUAAAAUCAAGCCUGAACCUCUCGACUAA